AUGUAUUUGGUUCGAAAACACUGUCAAUGGCUCUUUUCAGUCAUAGUAGUUUUCAUUAUAGUUUCUAUAUAUUUAGUAAAUAUGUUACUGGUCCAGCUUCAAUAAGAAGAGUAUGGAUGGCUAAGAAUUACAUAUUUAGUGAUUUACAAUAUAUUUGCUUUUAUGCUUGCUUGGUCUCUUUUAGCAACAAUGUUUUCUGAUCCAGGUAGAGUCCCACAAUUAUGGGGAUAUUUUUUAACAGAGCAAGAUAAUAAAAAAAAAAUUUAUUGUCUCAAUUGUCAUAUAUUUAAGCCAGUGCGUACUCAUCACUGCUCUACAUGCAAGAGAUGUGUAUUAAAUAUGGAUCACCAUUGCUAGUGGAUCAAUAAUUGUGUGGGAUUUGCAAAUAGGAAAUUUUUCAUGCUCAUGCUUUUCUAUAUCAACAUCACAACUUUUUUUACAAUAAUUGGAAUGAUACCAAAAAUCAUUGAUAUAAUAAAGAUUAUAAUAUAUUAACAUGAUAAACUUUACUGGUUCACUGACUUGCUUAUUGUCUUUACUUUCUGCUUUGCAAUUACUGUCCUAAUCGUUAUAGGUAAUUUCACUAAGGUCCACAUAGACCUCAUCUUAGUUAACUCAACUACUUUAGAGAACUUAGAUAGGAAGAGGUAGUCUAAAAAUGAUCCAAAUUAGACUCCUUAAUUGAACAUCUAUGACAUGGGAGAGUAUUACAACUGGAUACAAGUAUUUGGUUCUGAUUAUUGGUUGUGGCCAUUCCCAAUUUUUUUAAAGAAUUAUGGUCCAGCUGGAGAUGGAAUUUUAUGGCCUUCUAGAUAUGAGCAUUAUAUUAGUGAGAGCAAGAAUAAUACUUAGGGAGCAAGCAUAGCUGCCUAAAAUAGUAGGGUUCCAGCCAAUCCUUAAAUUUAAUCUUAGAUUAAAAGUAAUCAGAAGUAAGACCUGAAUUAGCAAUCGACAUUUUCUUCAUCAAAAAUUUAGGAUAACUAGUUUAAUCAGUCAAGUCAUGCUUUAGUAAAUAGUAAUGGUGCUUAACAGGGAGGAUUUUAAUAGCAAUAAUUCAAACCAGAGUUAUCAUAUAACACUGGAAUAAAUUAAAGUACCGCAAAUACAUCUUUUAAAAGCACUUAAAAUAAUAUGCAUUUCCAAAGUGCCUAUUAACAAUAACCUUAAAGAGGCAAUUAAAAUUUUUAUAUAAACAACUCCGCUAUUUAUAAUAACUAAUAGUAGCCAAUAACCGGCUCAUACGAAUCAAGGCUUCCUUAAAGUAAGUUAAUUCAAUCAAUCAAUAUUCAACUUGAUAAUUUUAUUUUGAAUUUUAGAUUACCAGCUAAGUAAAUACUGAGAUUUCAAGCUUUUCUCCUGCCCUAAAUUUUCAGAAUAUAAUUAAAUAUACUUUUACUUAGAUUUUUUUCCUAAACCUACCUUCUUGCUUCCUGCUUGUUGCUUUAUGAAAAAAAAAUACUUACUAUGCAUUGA